AUGGAGGAUAUAUGUUCUUCACUCUUUGGUCCAGGUGCUUUAUCUGCUAACAAAGUACGAACCGCCUUUGUUGCUGGUCCUGCUGAGAAAUACACCGUGUUGACUGUAGCGACUCUGCUGGCACGAAAUGUCUUCCACAUUAGUGGCACCGUGGCCGUGCCACAAAAAUGCAGACUUACACAAAUUGUGGAGCGAUGCAUGAGUGUGAUGCAGUCCGGGACACAGAUGGUGAAGCUGAAGGCCGGAUCGAAAGGGCUGGUGAGACUCUUCUACCUGGAUGAGCAUCGGUCCUGCAUCCGCUGGAAGCCCUCACGCAAGAGUGAGAAGGCCAAGAUCACCAUCGAUUCCCUGUACAAAGUGACAGAGGGCGGCCAAUCAGACAUCUUCCAUCGCCAUGCGGACAGCAGCUUUGACCCGGCCUGCUGCUUCACAGUAUACCAUGGCAACCACAUGGAGUCCCUUGACCUGGUGACGUCCAAUGCAGAAGAAGCCAGAACCUGGAUAACGGGCCUUGGCUACCUGAUGGCUGGGAUCAGCGAUGAGGACUCGCUGGCCAAACGGCAGCGGACACACAACCAGUGGAUGAAGCAGACAUUCGAGGAGGCGGACAAAAACGGAGACGGCUUCCUGAACAUCGAGGAGAUCUACCAACUUCUGCACAAGCUGAAUGUCAAUCUUCCUCGCAGGAAGGUCAAGCAGAUGUUUCAGGAAGCCGACACCGACGACCAGCAGGGCUCGCUGACGUACGAGGAGUUCUCCGUCUUCUACAAGAUGAUGUCUCUGAGACGGGACCUGUUCCUGCUGAUGAUGGCGUACAGCGACAGGAAGGACCACCUGACAGCGGAGGAGCUGGCGAACCUACUGCGCAACGAGCAGAAGAUAGUCAGUGUGACUCCAGAGUACGUUGCUGAAAUCGUGGACAAGUUUGAGCUGUCGGACGAGAAUAAACAAAGAGGUGUUAUGGGGAUUGAAGGUUUUACGAGUUACAUGCGCAGUCCAACGUGUGACAUUUUCAACCCUUUGCACCACGAGGUGAAUCAGGACAUGGAGCAGCCGCUCUGUAACUACUUCAUCGCCUCCUCUCAUAACACCUACCUGACCGGGGACCAGCUCCUCUCUCACUCUAAGACGGACAUGUACGCCUGGGUGCUGCAGUCGGGCUGCCGCUGCGUAGAGGUGGACUGUUGGGAUGGUCCUGAUGGAGAGCCGAUGGUCCAACAUGGCUACACUCUGACCUCCAAGAUACCGUUCAAGUCUGUCAUAGAGACCAUCAAUAAAUAUGCCUUCAUAAAUAACCAGUACCCGGUGAUUCUGUCCAUAGAGAACCACUGUAGCAUCCAUCAGCAGAAGAAAAUUGCUCAGUACCUGCGAGAAAUCUUCGGAGACAAACUCGACGUGGGAGACGCGCUGAGCAGAGACUCCAAAGCAUUACCCAGUCCUCUCAGCCUGCAGGGCAAGAUACUCAUCAAAGGAAAGCGACUGCCUUCCUAUCUGUCUGCCGACGCAGAGGAAGGGGAAGUAUCUGAUGAUGACAGCGCUGAUGAAAUUGAGGACGACUUCAAGCUCAAGAACAGCAACGGAAAUGGUCACCACCAGGUGGAGUCUCACAUCAGAAAGAAGCUGGACUCUCUGCUGAAGGAGUCUCGCAUCGGAGACAAGGAAGACGGCGACAGCUUCAGCAUCCGAGCCCUGCUGCGCGCCACGCACCAGGGCCUCCAGAAGAACCUGCGGCAGAGCUCCAGAGGGGUUCUGAAGAAAUCCCAAAGCAGAUCCUUCAUCACGACUCUCAAACAGAAGGUAAGCAGCAUCGCAACAAAGAUGGCUCUUUUUUCUCUGCACUCAAAAUCCAGGCUGUCAUGCCAAACCGUGGAGAAGGAGGAGGACGUCCAGGAGACGUCUGGGAGGGAGGCUGGAGGACAGUUCAACAGGGGAGGAAGGAAGAGGAAGACGAUGAAACUGAGCAGAGAUCUGUCGAACCUGGUGGUGUUCACCAACUCCGUCGCCUCACAGGAGUGCCUCAAUGAAGGUACUCCAGGUGACGUCCUGUCAUUCAGCGAGACCAGAGCUCAGUCUCUGGUCAAUCACAAAACCGAACAGUUCCUGGCUUUCAACCAGAGGCAGCUGUCACGGAUUUAUCCCUCGGCCUAUCGAAUCGACUCGUCCAAUUUCAACCCGCAGUUCUACUGGAACGUGGGCUGUCAGCUGGUCGCUCUGAACUACCAGACGGAGGGCAGGAUGAUGCAGCUCAACAGAGCCAAGUUCAUGGUGAAUGGAGGCAGUGGCUAUGUCCUGAAGCCGCCCCCCAUGUGCAAAGGCUCCUUCAACCCAUUCUGUGAUGAUCCUCUUCCAGCUUACCCCAAGAAGCAGCUCAUUCUCAAGAUCAUUAGUGGACAGCAGUUGCCCAAGCCACCAGACUCCAUGCUGGGGGACCGUGGAGAGAUAAUCGAUCCGUUUGUGGAAGUGGAGAUCAUUGGGCUUCCAGUCGACUGCUGCAAGGAACAGACACGAGUUGUGGAUGACAAUGGUUUUAACCCAGUAUGGGAGGAGACUCUGUCCUUCACGCUUCACAUGGCGGAGGUGGCUAUGGUGCGUUUCCUCGUCUGGGACCACGACCCCAUUGGACGAGAUUUUAUUGGUCAACGAACUGUUGCCUUCAGCAGCCUGAUGCCUGGUUACAGACAUGUUUACUUGGAGGGGCUGACCGAGGCGUCCAUCUUUGUGCAUGUGUCAGUGCAUGAUGUCUAUGGGAAGUGGAGCCCUCUAGUCCUGAACCCCAGCUUUACCAUAAUGCACUUUCUAGGAUCUAACAAGGGUCAUCAGCUGCGAGGGAUCCGGGGUUUGUUUAGCCGCUCUUCCAAGUCCUCCGUGGAUACAAACUCUGGCGGCCUUCGCAAACGCUCCCUCAGCGAUCACCUCCUGCGCCGCACGGCCAGUGCCCCGGCGAAGGGUCGGAAGAAGACAAAGAUGUUGCUGUCAGAGUCUGUGGCAUCAAUAUCGGAACAUAAGAACGGCACAGGCGCAGGGAUCGGAGGAGAGGGCGUGUCAGGGAAGGAGGGAGGAGUGGAGAGGCGUCUCCAACCCAGACCCCCGCUCAUCCACAGGCCGAUUUCCAUGCCCUUAGAAAGGCUCCUGCAAGGGCAGCUGUCCCUCUGCUCCCAAGACAAGGAACAGCACGAUAUUAGUGCAGACACUAUCUUAGGAGCUUGCUUGCUUAACAGGCCCAGGUCGUCCUCUGUUAACUUCAUCAAAUCAUCACUUUCUUUCGAACCAAGCAUCGCUUCCCCUUCCAAGACGUACAGAAAUAAAGAAUCUGACCAAUCAGCGGAGGCUUCUUAUCUGGUAAUUGGUGGAGGAGACGUAAAAAAGGAAGACGACUAUGUCAACUAUCCAUCAAAAGACAAUGAAAUCAACAAAUCAAAGAUCAUCUCCGCAGGAACAGAGAAAAACUCUAUGGUCUCGUCUUCCGCGAACAACAAGAUGGGACUAGAAACAUCGUCAAACAGCACAACGUUCACUGCUGCACCUUCAGUCUCCUCAUCCUCCUCCUCUGCCCCUUCCUCUGUGGCCCCUCUUUCUCCUGCCGGCAUGGACUGUGAUCUAAAGAGUCCCACCUCUUUGCACGACAGCAUCUCCAGACUCAUCGAUGCUGUGUCCUUGGGCAAUGAGCAAGACACAUGUGGCUCUAUUUCUGCUCUGAUUGGUCAAUUUGAAAGCACCAUUGACCAAAAUGAUUUCACAACAUCAUCCCAUGAUCACACUCCUUCCCGUCACUCGAACUUCAGGCCUACCACUCCUAAAGCGCUGCAAGAUUUAAGGCCUCCUCUAAAGACAAACACAGCCUCUCUUAACUCGAAACACCUGACAAGUCCCCAACAAGCAGCUCAAAAAAUGUAUCAUGUAAACCACGAAAUCCUUCCAUCGAGUUCUCAGAGAAACACUUCUACUCCAGUCCUCUUUGCCAGCCCAGAAACCACUGAGCUUGAGGAGGUGUACACCAUUCUGGAUGAGGAAGUGCUGUUGCCUGCAACAGUGCACAACCUGAGGAAACAGGCGGUGGUGAACACGUCUUUAAACAGCUUGGGGUCCUCUCCGGGAAAAGUGGUUCAGGGAUUGGGGAAAGGGCACCAUGUGGCUUGGGAGGAUAUGCACAGGAAACAGGGUGGAUAUGAAGACAUUGAGGAGGCUGAGGAGAGAGUAUAUGAGGAAGUGAAUGAUUUCCCUGUACUUGAGAUAGAACAGGGUACUUCCCAAAGGUACAUGAGCACGCCCGUAAAUGACUCUUUCCAGUUUCAUCGUGACACAGCAAGAAAUGCUUUUGCAGAAGUGGAAACUAAUGUCGACGAAGAUCCCUUGGAUAUAAUGCUGACUUCACCUAGACAUGGCAGCCAAUGGGAGGGGCUCACAAGUCCAACCAAACGCCAUGCCAUCUACCAAAACCACGGAUCCAUUCCCAACUACCCCCAACAGAAGCAGCCUUUGUCAUAUUCUGAUCCUCAACAACAGUUUCCCUCAUAUCCACCUCAUGGAGCAUUUACACACGCCCCCUCCCCAAUCAAUAAACCUCCGUAUCAGUUAUCCAAUCAUCAACAACACCAGAACCACUCCCAGCCUUCAAUCUUCCACAGACCCAUCAACUCCAGACCCCCCAACCCUAGUCAGCAGUGUCAGAAUGGCUACUCUGUUCCACAGGGAAUUUCUACAGCCCCUGACAACAGCAGAGACUUCAAUAGUUCCUACAAACAACAGAGGAGCUACAGUGGCGGCCAGCUCCUGAACAGGCCUCAACAAAACAGCCCAGGGUACAACCAGAUGGAGAGGGAGCAAACGAGGGGUUUCCACAAUGGUUUCUCCUCACCUGAAACACUACAUAGCCAAUCUGCUGCGUCCACAAACAUCUGUAGAGACAGAGGACUACCUACUCCUUCUUCAGAUAACGAUGCAAUAUACAGCCAUCUGGAGUAUGACUGCAUCAAGCCCUCAUCAGAGUCCUCAGCUCCUCAAAACCCUCAGCCACACUGUCAAAGUCAAACACAACCGCACACUCAGUCAUGGGGCAAAAAUGUUACCGCCAACAAUCACCAGUCGCAGCCUGAAACCAGUGUUUUGAAUUCAAGGCCUUUGUCAACUCGUUCCCAGUCUGUUCCCAUAGACUCCACAGCCCCCAGCCAAAGUAAGUCCAAGUCCCUGGGAGACCUGACCUCAGAAGACAUAUCAUGCAACUUCCAGAGCAAAUACCACAUUAUUAGCCGCAGUUUCAUCACGCCACACAUGAGGAAGCAGAGGAGAAUGGGCACCAUGGGGGGCGCAGCUUUCCAAUCACAGUCGAGUGAUCCACUCACAGAGCAGCUACGUAAGCUGGUCAGUUUGGAGCCGGAUGACAGUGACAGAGAGAGGUGCCAGUCUCCUCAGCUGCAUUUUCAAGUAAAAUCCCAAUCCCAGUCAAUGUCCCAACAGUCACAGCCCCAGGCAACAAGUACAGCUCCUGUAAUUCCCAGGGACACAGAGGACUCCCCUCCGCCCCUGACCCGUCGCCUGUCUUCUCGGAGCCAGAGCCGGGUGCGCCACAUCAACAACCGUGCACGGGAAAGACAGCAAGAGUCUGUAAAGUCUCGGCCAGGUGUGGCAAUCAAUAGUACCACUAGUGGGGUGGUGUUUAGGAAUAAACCGGCCUCACAGAAUCCACCAGCUAACAGACACUCAACCGGCUCAUACAUCGUCGGCUACCUGGAUCAGCUGGAGGACAGGGGACUUCCUGAGGGAGCGUGCACAUCAUUACGUUAUGGAAAUGGGGAUCAUUAUGGAGAUCGCUACUACACAGACGACUCUCUUCCGAAUGCAAACUCCUCUCACUCUGCGUCAGAGCCCGAGGUCUACUUUCUACUCAGACUGUAGCUCUGAUCUUAAACGUAAAAUGAGAUUAAGACUCGAGCACAGAUUUUUUGAUGACGUUCAGUUACACCAAAAGCCGGAGGACGAAGGGAAAUACGUGCUUGCCAUUAUGUGUUCCCAUGUUCACAGAGCAGAGAUUGCUUGUACAAUAUCAAUGACACAUCUCAUAUAAUCCAUGGUUGGAUCUGACAGCAUGAACUUUGUGUAUGAAAUGUCCACUAUUCAAUAGUGAAUGUUCUUUCUAGUCUGGAAGUGUAUUGUCUAUAUUCUGCUUAAUGUGUAAAUGUACCCGGGAACUUUGAUUCCCUCCAAAAGGCUUCCUAGACUGAUUGUACAGAUACUUGUUAUCUUCGUCCCUGUGAUGUACUGUCCAAACUGCGUACACUGACAACAAAGCAAAAAAAAGAAUCUGGGUUUUCAGCAGAGAGGGAACGUCUUUCCUUGUAUCAUUUGAAUGUGUAGUAUAAUCAAACAGCUAGUUUUAAUAGAUGGGAUUCAUCUUAUCAAAGAUCUAAUGUAAGUCUUCCUCCUGUUUUUCAGUGGUAUUUCUUUAUUUGUGUCGUGUGAAUAUUCCUGUCAUUGUUUCUAAUCCGCGAUGGAUUUUAGUGAAGAGCUAACUCUAACUGUACAUUUAUGUUUGUGCAUGUUACUUGUGAACAUGUCAAGCAUGACUAUGCACCAGUUUAUACAAUAGAUGUCUCAUCGCUCGACAUUUGCACAGAACAAAUAGUUGCGUUGAACACAACCGAGGACUGAGGCUUGUUUGUAAUGGGUGCAAUACAGAAUAUAAACACUUCCACGCUUGGACUCGUUGCUCUCUUUGAUCCGUAGUAUUUCAUGACACGAUUGCAAAGUUUUAAAGAUUUGGAGUUUAAAGGUUUUUAUUUUUAUAAUUACUUUGAUACAGACAGCAAACAGAAUCUCGUGUUUGUUUUG